AAGGGGGCGUGAAAAGGAGGCGAAGUUCCGGUCGGGAGCUCCGCUGCGGCCUAGUCGGCCAGAACGAAGCCGGGGCCUUGCGUAGCGCGCUUAGCCGGGCGGGAGAGGGGUGGAGCCGGGCUCCGAACCGGACCGUCCCCCCUUUUUCCCUCGCUCUUUUCGCAUCCGCUUCCCUUUCCUUUCGGCUCCUUCUCGGGGCUCCUUUCGAGAGUUCUACCUUGUAAAUACUGUUAUUUGUAUAUACUGUAAAUGAUGACCUCGGUGGGCACGAACCGAGCCCGGGGAAGCUGGGAGCAGACGCAGACGCAGAACCAGGCACAGCACAAGCAGCGGCCACAGGCUACUGCAGAGCAAAUUCGGCUUGCACAGAUGAUAUCGGACCACAAUGAUGCUGACUUUGAGGAGAAGGUGAAACAACUGAUUGACAUCACGGGCAAGAACCAGGAUGAGUGUGUGAUCGCCCUCCAUGACUGCAACGGGGAUGUCAACAGAGCCAUCAACGUGCUGUUAGAAGGGAACCCAGACACGCACUCCUGGGAGAUGGUUGGGAAAAAGAAGGGUGUUUCAGGACAAAAGGAAAGCGGACAGAUGGAACCCAGCGAAGAAGGCAAAGAAAACCGAGAGAGGGAGCGAGACUUCAGCCGGCGACGGGGUGGUGGAUUGCCAAGAAGGGGCCGAGGAACAAGCCGUGGGAGAGAGUUUCGGGGCCAGGAGAAUGGAUUGGAUGGCGGCAAGACAGGUGGAUCUUCUGGAAGAGGCACAGAGAGAGGGCGACGGGGGCGUGGGCGAGGCAGAGGUGGCUCUGGAAGGCGGGGAGGAAGGUUCUCAGCCCAAGGCAUGGGAACUUUCAACCCUGCAGACUAUGCGGAGCCUGCUAGUACGGAAGAAGGUUAUGGGAACAGUACCAGCAACACAUGGAACAACACUGGGAGUUUUGAGCCGGAUGACGGGACGAGAGUUGAUUACAUUAGGGGUGAGGGGUCAAAUUAUCCCCGAAAAUUUGACACUGCUCCUGGUACGAGAAAUCCAGGUGCGUGGAGGACAGCAACGGAGGAGUGGGGGACUGAGGACUGGAAUGAAGAUCUUUCAGAGACCAAGAUCUUCACUGCAUCCAAUGUCUCCACUGUGCCUCUGCCUGCAGAAAAUGUGACCAUCACGGCUGGACAGAGAAUUGACCUUGCGGUGCUGUUAGGAAAGACCCCUUCUUCUCUGGAGAAUGAGUCGCCCAACCUGGAUUCCUCGCAGGCACCCACCCUCAGCCAGCCGCUGGUGUUCAGUAAUUCCAAGCAGAGCGCGAUAUCCCAGCCAAGUUCGGGGAACACCUUCUCCCACCAUGGCAUGGUCAGCAUGCUGGGAAAGGGGUUCAGUGACGUUGGCGAGGCCAAAACCAGCAGCGCCACCACGACCACGGGCUCACAGUUCCUGGAACAGUUCAAGACUGCUCAGGCUUUGGCUCAGCUGGCAGCUCAGCACCCCCAACCGUCUGGGAACAGCAGCACGGCCGCCUCCUGGGAUAUCAGCACCACCAGCCAGUCCUCAUCUCUUGUGCAGUAUGACCUGAAAAACCCUUCGGAGUCUGCUGUGCACAGUCCAUUUGCCAAGCGGCAGGCCUUCCCACCCACCUCCACCAUGAUGGAAGUGUUCCUGCAGGACAAACAGCCUGUGGUGACGGCUUCCGUCACAGCCGCUCCACCGCCUCCAUCAUCCCCCCUGGCCAGCAAAACCAACCCUGUUCCCCAGAUGUCCCCAGGCUCCUCGGACAACCAGUCCUCCAGUCCUCAGCCGGCUCAGCAGAAGUUGAAACAACAGAAGAAGAAAGCAUCCUUGACAUCAAAGAUUCCUGCUCUGGCAGUGGAAAUGCCUGGCUCUGCGGAUAUCUCGGGACUCAACUUGCAGUUCGGGGCAUUGCAAUUUGGUUCAGAGCCCGUCCUCUCGGAGUAUGAAUCGGCGCCAGCCACAAGCACCUCUGUGAGCCAGUCCCCAGGCAGCCUGUACACAAGUACUGCAAGCGAGUCUCUGUCCACGAUUUCAUCCAAUAAGAGCCAGGAGUCGGGAUACCAGAGCAGCACCAUGCCUACAGCAACGUAUACCUCCCAGAACAGCGCUCAGGGACCCCUGUAUGAACAGAGAUCCACACAGACCCGACGAUACCCAAACUCCAUUUCUUCCUCACCCCAAAAAGACUUGACCCAGGCCAAGAAUGGCUUCAGCUCGGUGCCGCCCACACAAUUGCAAACCACGCAGACAACUGAAGGUUCUACAGCCCCUGCGGUGAAAUCAGACUCUCCCUCUGCCCCCACCAUUGCGACCCCGCUGACUGACACUGUGUCUGCAGCAUCCCUGCUCACCACAGCUACCCAACACCCCUCGGUGCUCAGUGGCUUGAAUCAUACUGAGGAGCUCCCCAGCACGGCCACCACACAACACAACAGCAGCACGUUACCCACCCAGCAGAACAGCCUUUCCUCCUCAACUUCCACUGGUCGCACAUCAACUUCAACUCUCUUGCACACCAGUGUGGAGAGUGAAGCUGGGCUCCAUUCUUCCGCAAGCACUUUCUCCACCUCCUCCAGCACCGUCUCGGCCGCCCCGCCUGUGGUCAGCGCCUCCUCGAGUCUGAGCAGCGUCAACAGCUUGGGCCUGAACUUGAGUAGUAACUCCACGGUGACAGCCACGACCCGCAGCUCUGUGGCCACGACGUCAGGAAAGGCUCCUCCCAACUUGCCUCCUGGUGUGCCACCUUUGCUGCCCAACCCGUACAUCAUGGCUCCAGGGUUGUUGCACGCCUACCCGCCACAGGUAUAUGGCUACGAUGACCUACAGAUGCUUCAGACAAGGUUCCCCUUGGACUACUACAGUAUCCCAUUCCCCACGCCAACCACCCCGCUGACUGGAAGGGACGCGAGCUUGAGCAGCAACCCUUACUCUGGUGACCUCACGAAGUUCGGCCGAGGUGACGCUUCUUCCCCUGCGCCAGCGACAACCCUGGCGCAGCCUCAGCAGAACCAGACGCAGACACACCACACCACCCAGCAGACGUUCCUGAACCCGGCCCUGCCGCCCGGCUACAGCUAUACCAGCCUGCCCUACUAUACCGGAGUUCCAGGGCUGCCCAGCACCUUCCAGUAUGGGCCAGCCGUGUUCCCCGUGGCUCCCACUUCUUCCAAACAGCAUAGCGUGAAUGUCAGCGUGAAUGCCUCGGCCACCCCCUUCCAACAGCCUAGUGGCUAUGGCUCUCACGGAUACAGCACAGGUGUGUCAGUUACAUCUAGUAACACAGGUGUGCCGGACAUCUCUGGAUCCGUCUACUCCAAAACGCAGCAGUCUUUUGAGAAACAGGGAUUCCACACCGGAACCCCGGCAGCCUCCUUUAACCUGCCGUCGGCACUGGGCAGCGGUGGCCCCAUCAACCCUGCCACCGCUGCGGCGUAUCCGCCAGCCCCAUUCAUGCACAUCCUGACCCCACAUCAGCAGGCGCACUCCCAGAUCUUGCAUCACCACCUGCAGCAGGAUGGGCAGCCGAUUCUGUACUUGCAACGCCAGCAGGAAGACCAGAGCGGCACCGGCCAGCGCAGCCAGGGCAGCUCCAUCCCGCAAAAGUCGCAGGCCAACAAGUCAGCCUACAACAGCUACAACUGGGGCGCCAAUUGAGGGGCUCUGAGGCUGCCCCACACUUCAACCAAGAGACGGACGGAAGAGCGACAGCGACCCUAACCAAGAAGGAAGAGAAAAAAAACCCCAACCCAACCCCGGAGGAGAGGGGGGAAGAGCUCCCCUGCCCUCGGCACGGCCCUGCAGCCCCGGCGCACCCCGCCAAGCACGGCUGGGCUCUGCGUUCUCCCCCCUCCCCAGCCACCUUUUCCCCCUAUUGUAUGUAAUAUAGAAUUUGUAUCUUUUCUUUUUCUUUUCUUUCUUUUUUUCUUCAUUCAUUCAGAUUACGAGCCGUUCAGCCGUAGGGGCCUUUUUUGGUUUUGUUUUUCUACUCCUUUACUCCUCCUCUUCCCCUUAUCUCCCCCCCCC